AUGAAAGCAGGCUGCAGCAUCGUGGAUAAACCAGAAGGAGGAGGAGGUUAUCAUUUCCCAGAAUGGGCUUACAAGACAGAGUCCAGCCCGGGCUCGCGCCAGAUCCAGCUGUGGCAUUUCAUCCUGGAGCUGCUGCAGAAGGAGGAAUUCCGUCAUGUCAUCGCCUGGCAGCAGGGCGAAUACGGAGAAUUCGUCAUCAAAGACCCUGACGAAGUGGCUCGGCUCUGGGGCCGCAGGAAAUGCAAACCCCAAAUGAACUACGACAAGCUGAGCCGCGCGCUGAGGUACUACUACAACAAGCGCAUCCUGCACAAGACGAAGGGCAAACGCUUCACCUACAAGUUCAACUUCAACAAGCUGGUGAUGCCCAACUACCCCUUCAUCAACAUUCGCCCCAGUG